AGCCGUCAUCGCCGAGGUGGGCUGCAGUGUGAGGAGGAAGCCGUGCGGGAGAGGCCGGACGGAGCCCAGCUGCUCUCCAGCCGUCAUACAGCGGGGGGAGGAAUUUCUCGCCCCCAGCAGUCCUUCUCGGCAGGUUCUGCCUUAAAGGUAAUCCGUCUAUCAAUGUGAAGUUAUGAAGCAAGACACAUCUCCAUGUGUGACCUAUUAAGAUGCUUUUGUAUAGCUCUGCCUGAUGAAUAGCAGGUCUCUUGAAGACUAAUGUCAACAAAUAUAAAUGGUCUUCCUGGAUUGCAAGCGUUUAACCAGAUUCCUAGAAUGAAGAUCCCCUUCACGUGUUAAAGAAACAUCGUACCAAAAUGCUUCAUGUUUUAGGCAUGCCAACCACCUAGAUUCAUGCACCCUGUCUGUACAGUUGUGGAUGGUUUACCAUCAGGAGGAACAGUAAGCUCAUUUCCUGGCCCGUUUUCUGUAUCUGAAAUGUCGAUUCUUCGCGCCUUAGGCCCAGUCCAGACAUGGCUGGGGCAAGAGUUGGAGAAAUGUGGUAUCGAUGCAAUGAUAUACACAAGAUAUGUUUUGAGUCUUCUGCUUCAUGACAGCUAUGACUACGACCUUCAGGAACAGGAAAAUGACAUCUUUGUGGGCUGGGAGAAAGGAGUUUGCAAGAAGUCAGGAAAAGGCAAGAAAAAGAACUCUGACCUCUCUGUGGAAGAAAUGAAGAAAAAGGCUGCAGUCCAAUGUUUGCUCUCAGCUUCUGAGGAAAGCACUGGAAUUGAAACAUUAGUGGAUGAGCUUUGCUCUAAACUGAAAGAUCUCCAGAGUAGCCAAGAAGAACAUCUUUCCAUAAAUAAAGAGGAGAAGAGCAACAAGGACCUUGAUCAAUCUGGAUCUCCCGAAGCUGCAUCCCCUGCAGGGAAGGAUCAGAUAGAAAUGUACUAUGCUGCUUUUCCACCUCUCUCAGAGAAGCCAGUUUGCCUGCAAGAAAUAAGGACUGUGUGGAACAAGUCCAAAGUUUGUUCUUCCAGUUCUUCCUCCUCUUCCACUGCCCCACAAACAAGCACGGAAACUCCAUCCCCAAAGGAUUGCAAUAGUGAAAGUGAAACCAUCAUUACCAGCACGAACAUUGGAGCUCCUAACACUGUACAGGGAAAGAACCAGCAACGUAAAGGCAAAAUCGAGAAGGAGAACAAGUUAAGAAAUGGUGCAAAUGACGAUAAAACUGCCUUAUGCAAAAGUGUCAGGCACAAAUGUAAUGGAAAGACUCGUGGUAGAUCCUGGUCAUCUGGGUCAAGUGAAGGAGGGUCAAGUUCAAGUGGUAAUCUGGGUGAAACAAAAAUGAGGCUCAUCAAAGUAAGACACAAAAUCCGUGAAGUUAGAAAUAAAAAGGGGAAAACCGGGCAAAAAAUUAAAACAAAAAGCGGAGAGAUGAAAAAUGUUGCAAGCAGCAGUAGCGUAGGUUCUGUCAAACCGCUCUGUAAAAGGGUGAAAAGACAGGUUAAAGAAUGUGUGUGUGAAAAUGAAGGAAAUGGCUUCUCAACAGAAAGGAAAAAGGAUACAGAAUUUAGAGAGGAGCCUUUGUGGUAUACUGAACCAAUCACAGAAUACUUUGUUCCUCUGAAUAGUAGAAGUAAACUAGAGACAACUUAUCGGAAAAGACAGGAUGACUUGUAUAACACUUCAAAGGAAAUUGAAGAGCUGUCUGAGUUUGUACAUGGCCUACAUUUAAAUAACCACAAUAUUCAUGAAACAUACCUCUCAGCGGGUACUUUUAUUGAGGGUCACUUUGUAGAAAUGCCUGCAGUUAUAAACAAGACGAGUGACCACACAGGGACCUCGAACUGUUCUUUUCAAGAGGACAAUUAUUUGGAUGAUGUUCAUCCUCUCGAACUCACACACUUCUACGAAGUGGAAAUUGAUCAAUCCAUGUUGGAUCCUGGUGCCUCAGAUAGAAUUCAAGGUGAAAGUCGUAUCUUAAAUAUGAUCCGACAGAAAAAUAAAGAGAAGUGUGACUUGGAGGCAGAAUCUUGCAGAGUGUUAAAUGAAGAGAGUUUGCAAGGGGAAAGUGCAAUAUGGAGAGAAUCAACCAGUUCUAUUGGUACUGAAGGCUUUUUCUUGCAAGACCAUGAUAAUUUGGCUCAAUUUUGGGACUCCAGUUCACCAUCAAGCUCUGCUGAUGCAGAUGGGGAGAGUUUGGGAGGGGACUCCCCAGAUAUAUUUUCCCCUUUUUUAGACAGCACAAAGCUUAGUACACACUCGCAUGCAGGCAAUCAAGAUAUAUUUUUUGAUGGAGACAACUCAUAUUUUUCAGUAUUUGAAGUGCAAUGCGGAAAUUCUGUCUUUUCGUUGCCCAUGGAAAAGAUGUUGAAUGAAAUGGGUAAACCAGAGUCUUGUUCCAGCACGAAUGGCUUUGGAAAAACACGGUCUCGGUUACUGAUAUGGACCAAAAAUAGUGCCUUUGAUGAAAAUGAACAGUGUUCGAAUAUUUCAACCAGAACCUGCAGUCCAUGGUCACACUCAGAAGAAGCUAGGUCAGAUACUGAAAAUUGUAACAAUACUUUAGAAGAGUACAGCUAUGUGUGUGCAGAUGAUAACAAUUAUGUAGUCCCAAGAGUGACCUUAAGUUUCCAAGGUGAAGACUUGGGUGUAAAAUCAAGAUCUUUUCUUCAAAAUGCAAUUUCAGGAGAGGAGUCUGUUGUGGUCACCACCAAGAAAUCAAAGUUAGAGUCUCUGUGUGGCAUAAAGCUAGAGAAAGAACAUCCAGAAAUGUCUAAUAUUACAGAGGUUGGUAAUCAAUGUAUCCAGCCUACACAUGAGUACAGCUCAGGGGUCAUUAAAGACAUUUGGGUAAAUUUGGCUGAAGGCAAUCUGGAAAAAAUAGAGGAUCCGUUAUUACCAGGAGACAUAAAUGUGUUUAGUUGUCAAGAUGCAGAAGAAACCUUCAAAGAGCCCAAUAAGGCUGUUCAACGAUCAGAAUAUCACCUGUGGGAAGGUCAGAAUGAGCUUCUGGAAAAAAGGGCAUUCCUCCGAAGCGAUUCUUCAAAUAUUGAUGCUGGUGACUAUACCACACCAUCUAAACCCUGGGAGGGUAACCAUGCAAAGGAAAAUUCUUUUCUACUUGGAGGUGUUUAUGGGGAGUUUAAAACCUUUAAUGGUGAAGAUGAAUGGGCUGUUGUCCCACCUAGCAUGGCCAAAGGAAGCUUGCUGGAAUGUGCUACUACAGAUGUUGUCACAAUAGCAGGCACUGAUGUUUUUAUGACUCCAGGAAAUAGCUUUGCUCCAGGUCACAGGCAGUUUUGGAAGCCGUUUGUAUCAUUUGAAGAGAACCACCCACCAAAAAGUGUAGAUAAAGGCUUGAACAAAGGCUUUUCUUUCAUACUACAUGAGAAUUUGCUUGGGGCGUGUAAUAAUUUUCAGUUAGAGGAGCCAGGGAUGGGGUAUACUUUCUCCUCUUUUGAUUUGAGCAAUCGUUUUUCACAAGUUCUUCAUGUUGAAUGCUCAUUUGAACCUGGCGGGAUUUGUGCUGGAAGCCCUGGUUUGAAACCAAAAUCAUUAUGUCUGGAUGCAGAUGGUGAUAUUGGCCAUCCAAGAGUUUUUGGUGUUGAGAGAACACAGUAUAGAUCAAUCAGAAUUUCUCCACGGACUCACUUUCGCCCAAUAUCUGCAUCUGAGCUGUCUCCUGGAGGAGGAAGUGAGUCUGACUUUGAAUCCGAAAAGGACGAGGUGGCUGUGCCUGCUAAUAGUGAAGAAGUGUUUGAUGAUCCCCAGAAUGACCUACAGCCACUAGAAGAUGAUGCAGAGAAUGAGGGGCAUUUUUAUGGAAAGGCUGAGUUGGAAUCUGGCAAGUUCCUGCCCAAGCUACAGAAGUCUGGAAUGGAGAAAAGUGCACAGACUUCAUUAGAUUGUCAAGAAGAAUCCUGUUGUGUGUUGUCGGUAGAUAAGGAAGACAACCUAGACUUCAGGAUUAUAGAGUCUUUUGAAAGGGAGGUGAUGGAGGACUCUAAAACGAACUGCAAAAUGCUGGAGUCUGAGUCAAAAAUGGACGAGAGCGCCAGCUAUCGAAUAGCGUUGAAUGCUGUGUCUGCUGAUCCGGAGGGACAAGAUCCUUCUGUGGACGUUGAUCUUCAGGGAGUUAAUGUCGUCAAGCAAAUACCGUGCUGGUGGCAAAAAGCAUUGUACUCCCCCUUGAUCUACGAAGCCUCAUGUGAAUCUCAUCAUGUGAAGAUCAAGGAAGAAAACUGUGAUGAUGGGAAUGUUAAAGAAAUUCCCAGUGCUGCAUGGCAUCCUUUAGAGAACCAGAAUGCUUCUGCAUGUAAUGAUGCCAAAGCUGACAUUGAAUAUGGUGCUGGAAUAAAUCCCAGCUGCUUCAGGAAGAAGAUGUAUUCAAGUGACAGCUCGAGUUCUGACACCUCUUCAGAUGACUUGCAACACUGGGCUGAUCUUUGUAGAGAAAAACUUUACUCCCGCACUCAGCUGUGAAAGGGCUUACAGCUGUAGUUGUGGGAAGGAACCUUGUCGUGGGGUUGUUGUGGUUUCUUUUCUUUUAAAUUUUUAUUUUUUUUUCCUUUAGUUUAUCUUAUUUUUAUUUUUAAUUUUUUUUUAUUUUUGCAAUUUUAGGUUUUUAUUUAUUUUCCACUCUAUUUUAGUAGCUGGCAUAUACAGCACAAUUUUUUUUUUUUUUUUUUUUUUUUCCUCUCUCUUACAACUGUUUUCACCUGUUUCACUUUGUAGAGCCUACACUAGAUUGUGUUGUCAGAUGAAGAAUGGAUGUGCAUGUGCUUGUGUUUGUAGAAUCACUGCUUUCAACAUCUAAAUUGCAUACCAUUUUAACCUUUUUAGCUAUAGCUAGAUUUACCAUCUUGACAUCGUAGAAAUCUGCAGUUACUUCUGCCAUUCAGAGACUUUUGAUUCUGGAAAAAAAUAUUCUCUAAAAACUAGGAGAAGAAAAAAAACACUGUAAUCAAUCAGUGCCUUUCUGAAUGCAGGAGAGAAUAGCAUGAGCGACUUGCCCUAUCUUCAUUUAAAGAAAAAUAAACAAAAAAAACAAGUUAGGAAAAACAAAAAAAUAGAUAAUUGAAGUAGAUGCAAUGAGAUUGUGCUUUAGAGACUUAAAGAAUACUGUGUUUUCUAUCCUAUGAUAAUUUGCCCUCACCAAGAGGAUAAUAUAGUUUGAUAUUAAUGCUAAUGGCAAUAGCCAAGGAUUUAGUAAAUAAUGCAUGUAUCCCUGUUUGCUGUGUACUUUGUUCUGUUUUUGCCCAUAAUUAAAUAAAAUCUUAUUUUAAACCAACAAAUAAAAUUAAAAUCGAAUUGUGCGUGUUGAGUUGACAAACAUAUUGGUGGCUUCAGACAAUGUCCUUGUAAGUAAAGAGUGCACCUAGCCCAGAUAUCCUCUCAAACGUUAAGUAAAAGAUGUUUUUUGUUGGUCUCAAUUAUGUCUGCCCACAGAACCCACAUGCUGAAAAGCAAGUUGUGCUAGAAAAACUUGGAAAUUCUGCUGCAGCCUGUAAAUGCCACAGAAGUUUUACUUCAAAUCCUGUGGCCAUUGCCAUUGGCUCUUUAGUAUUUGUUGCUAUUAUUUAGCCUAGUUAAUUUUAUGUUUUGUAAGAAUGCUAGAGAGCAAGAAUUUGUGUGUGGCAAAAAGAAACUCAUUUUAACAUACAUGUGUGGUUGUAUAUUGAUCUAUGUAUAA